AUGGCGGGCAUCCCACAUUCCAUGCAGUCGCAUGCUGCCCACCACGGGCACACGGCAGCGCAUCCGUCGGAGCUCUUCGGUGCAGAGCACGAGCGCGACGAGGAGCCAGAGGCGGGACAAACGGGUCUCUUGGCCCUUGGGACAACUGUUUUGGCAUCAGGGGAGCUGGAGUUCGAUGAAGAUCUCACAGCUGUGAAGCACGACGAGGCUUUGUAUAGCGCCGUGAACACCAUGAAGCGCCACAAAACCAUCACAUAUGACGACAUCGUUAUGUCCCAGGGAGUCCAACAAAGUGUUUACUUGGAGUACAUAAAGUGGGAGAUUGACACUGAGAAUACCUUUCUGGAGCUUCCUCUCACGAUCGUUGUGCUGGUCUCCUUUACCAUCCUUGCUCUGUAUAUACUGCACCAGGAACAGCUCUAUGCAAUAGAGGAAGCUUUUGAACGAGAUAUCAUCGAAAAUGCAAACUUCGCUUGGAGCGGCUACUUCGGCCACAAAGGCAUCGAUCAGGUUAUGUCCGUCGCAGACUUCUGGUCAUGGAUGCGUCUUGGUUUCCUCUCCUUGCUGGGCAGGUCUCAGUGGCUUUACAGCGAGGUUGCACCUGAAAUUCUCGGUGGGCCGGUGACUGCCGGAACCUCAUACAAUAGGUACCUUGAAGUAAACCUUAGCUUCGAAGACCACAGGGCGACCUUGCCACAGUCCUGGCUAUUCGCCGGCUACGACAAGCCCGCGCCUGUGGCCAACGAUCAUCUCCAGUAUUCGAAGCUUGUCAGCGGGGUCCGGAUGAGGCAGACUGUGUCAGCUGCCUCAUCGGAACACUGCAUCUUCCCUAGCCUUUUGGACAGUCAGAAACAGAGGGACUGGCUGCAGAAGCCCUGCUUCCCCUCUGAGUUGGGCUUGCUGUCGCCGGAGCUUCAAGAGGCAGAAAACUUUCAAGGUCUGGAACGCCAGGAGUUUUUGUUCCCUGAUAUAUCGAGCAUGACCGAAAUGACUCGGAAGUUGUUGGAUAUGGAAGACGGCUGCCACUCUGCAACCCUUUCAAACGGCCUCGAGAGUUGCCUUUGUGAGUGGUGCAAACAGCAAACUCCAAGUCAGCCUUGGAUAGAUGAACGGACAGCACGCAUCGAAAUCAGUAUGCUGCUGUUCAACGCUCAGUAUGGAGCCUACACGUACCUCUCUGUCAAUUUUAUGAUGAAUCGUGGAGGUCACAUCCACGCCUUCACGCACUGCUUGUCUGCCUUCGUUAGUCCAUUUCUGCGACCCUUCUCAGAGUUGGUUCUGACGAUCAUCGCUGGGAUACUGUGGAUUGCUGCACUGCUCUAUGCAGCUGUGGCCGAAAUAUGGGAGAUCAUUAACACAGUGCGGCACUCAAGCAAGCGCUUCUAUAAAUCCUUGUGGCAAGAGUACCUCGGUUUCUGGAACUUCGUUGACUGGAUGUCGGUGCUUGUUGGUACGCUGACUAUCAGCUUUUGGAUACAGGGCCGGCUAGCUGUGUCUGCUGUGAACGAGCUGAUGCCCGCCAUGAUCCAAGCCAGCCUUGCCCCAGACGCGGGCUACGAAGAGAUCGCGCGAAACGUCUUUGCAAGUGCCGAGGUUAUGAGCAAGGCCAAGAAAGAUAUGGAGUUUCAGAUGAUGAUCUAUCCGUUGAUCAUCAUGCUCAGAAUCUUUAGGUCCUUUGAAGCGCAGCCACGAUUGGCCAUCGUGGCCGCCACACUGAAGACGGCAGCCCCGGACUUGGCCCACUUUUUUAUGAUUUUCUGGUGCGUCUACUUCUGCUUCGUCGUCAGUAGCUUGCUCUUCUUCGGCCAAGACCUGGAGAGUUUCAGCACCCUUGACAGGGCCCUUCACACCUCCUUUCUGGCGAUGUUCGGCGAUUGGGACUGGAUCGGCAUGCGAGAUGUUGGCAUGAUGAGGUCGGCUGCAUGGUUCUGGCUUUUCAUGAUCGUGAUGGUCCUGUUCUUGCUGAACAU